AUGAAGCUCGUCGACCACGUGGUGAGGAGCUUCAAAGUUGCCAAGAUAUUUCGUGAGAAUUCGGACCGCAUAAACAGCAUCGAUUUUUCCCAGAGUGGUGACACAUUGAUAUCAUGCUCCGAAGACGAUCAAAUAGUGAUUUACGACUGCGAAAAAGGUACGCAAAUGCGCACAGUUAAUUCGAAAAAAUAUGGAGUCGAUCUUAUACACUUUACUCACGCCAAGAACACUGCGAUACACAGUAGCACCAAGGUCGAUGACACAAUCCGCUACCUCAGUCUACACGACAAUAAAUACAUAAGAUAUUUUCCCGGUCACACCAAGAAAGUCGUGUCACUGUGCAUAAGCCCCGUCGAGGACACCUUUCUCUCGGGUUCGCUCGACAAGACACUGAGACUUUGGGACCUGAGGUCGCCCAACUGUCAUGGAGUGAUGAAUGUCUCCGGCCGACCAGUAGCUGCCUAUGAUCCCGAGGGCCUCAUCUUUGCCGCGGGUGUUAACUCCGAGUGUAUAAAACUCUACGAUCUUCGUAGUUUUGACAAGGGACCUUUCGUCACCUUCAAACUGACCCAGGAAAAAGAGUGCGACUGGACAGGCUUGAAGUUCAGCCGGGACGGCAAAACUAUUUUGAUUUCAACAAACGGCAGCAUCAUCCGUCUGAUCGACGCAUUUCACGGUACGCCUCUGCAGACAUUCGCGGGUUACCUCAACAACAAAGGAAUCGCCAUCGAGGCGAGCUUCAGUCCUGACUCCCAGUUUGUCUUCAGCGGAUCAACAGACGGUCGGGUCCACGUGUGGAAUGCCGACACUGGUUACAAGGUCUGCGUACUGAAUGGUGACCACCCAGCCCCCGUUCAGUGCAUUCAGUUUAAUCCAAAGUACAUGAUGCUCGCGUCCGCAUGCACCAACAUGGCAUUCUGGUUGCCAACUGUCGAAGACACUGCGGUGUGACCCGGUACCUGAUCAGGGAACUAGUACCUGAUUACUUCAUGAACUUGUAUAUCUAUAUUUAGUAAAAUUCAGUACAUAUAGAUAUACAUACAUGAAGGGAUCGGGUACUGGGUCUCUUACUUUAGACAAAAAAAAAAAAACAAUUAAAGUAAGAGACCCAGUACCCGAUCACUUCAUGUACUUGUAUAUUUAUAUUUAGUACAAUUCAGUACAUAU